AGAUCUCAGUCCAUUUAAUCCACCAAAUAAUGAUUCAUGUAAAGUAUAAAAUCAGCCCAGAACUUCUCCUUGAAGUAGAAAUAAGAAGCAACGCCAAAGUCAAUAAUGAGGACAAUGGGGGUGAAAGGCCUGACCCUAUAUCAUCUGAAGUCACACCUUCAGAAAUACCGUUUGGGGAAGCAAUCCGCGAAGGAGGCAGCUGAAAACUCUAAAGAUGCAGCAUGUGUAUCCGAGAGUCAAGAAACCAGUUCCCCUACGUCGGGCUCAUCUAGAAUGGUUUCCCAAGAACCAAACGAUGGGUACCAAGUUACUGAGGCGUUGCGAGCACAGAUGGAAGUUCAGCGAAAGUUGCACGAGCAGCUAGAGGUUCAACGUCGUCUCCAGCUUCGCAUAGAGGCACAAAGCAAGUACUUACAAUCAAUUCUUGAGAAAGCUUGCAAAACACUGAGCACCCAAGCUGUUGUUGCCUCAGAUGGAUUAGAAUCGACCCGCGAAGAGCUGUCCGAACUGUCCAUAAAGGUAUCCGAUGAUUCUUCUUACCCAAUCUUUCGGGUCCCAUCGUUACCAGACAUGACUGCCUCACUAGCGGAAAUGAAAAAGAGACCGAGGGGUGUGGGGGCCACGGUGGCGGUGCCUUUGGAUGGCAAUGUGGUGAAGCAGGGGGAGUGGGGGGUGUUGAACGCCGGGUAAGCUAAAUGUUAGGGCUGUGUUUGGUUGGUUUUAGUGAAGACCAAAAAUGUACUCUCAUUAGUUGUCAUUUUAGCUUUAACCUGUUCUUCCUUGCCUGCCAAUGUCUGUGGAAUCCCAAACACAAUCUGAAAUGUUGCAAGCUGCCGAAUCAUCAUUUGUAUAUUCUCUUUAUGUUUGAUGUUCAAUUGCCUUUGAAUGGAAAACUCACAAGAGACGGCGGAAUUUGACUAGAUUUAUUUUUAAUUCAAUCCAUUUAAAUACUAACACAUAAUUUUAAAAUAACAUUUAUAUAUUGGA